AUGGCCGACUCAGAGGCUGGCUGGGAGCAGUUUCGCUCCGACCUCAGGGUGUCCAAGAUGACCAUAAAUCAAGAGAAACCCCCGUUACGAUUUCAGAUUCCGAUUCGUCCCCAGGUCCCAAAAUACAGAUCAGGCAGUGGCCCUCCUCCACCUCAAAUCAACCUGCGGCUUGUCCACGACAGCAACGCCUUCAUCGUUGACAAGGUUGUCCUCCCGCGUGGGCCCUUCAAAUCCUACAACGAUCCUCGACAGCGCCGCUGCUAUUACAUCGUAGGCUGGCCCGACCUUCCAGCAGCCCGCCCUGUGGUGGAUGCUAGCAAGAUUCUAGACUACGUUUCGCCGCGUACCUUGGAAGACUGGGAGUAUCAGGAUGCGCUGCGCCGCGAGGAAGAGCGUGAGAGGGCCAGGGAAGCAGAAGAGCAUGCGGCAGCCGAGAGCAAGGCAUUGGUCACGCCUGCCACUGUUGGUCCUCAACCGGGCGUGAAGCGCAGACCAGGACGACCACCUAGAGCGAUGAUAGAGGCCCGGCCGCCUCCAGAGCCCCAAUUGAACUCUGAACAAGAGGAGAUACUCCAAAAACGAAAACGAGGUCCGUCGCUGUCCACACCGCGAAAGAGCAGACUGGCGCAACUGGUGGCAGAGGAGGAGAUCCUGGAUGAGCUGGAGGAGGCAGAUGAGGACGCAGACAUGGCAAUACAUCGGCAACUCGAGAGCGAGUCGCUUGACGAGGGUAUCUCAAACGGCGAUUUGAAAGUGAGGGUAUUGGAAGAUUCACGAUUGCCGCAGCUGGGUUCAGGUGUACCAGGGAGUUCUGGUGGUGAAUCUUCGCGAGCUAGCAGCGUCGCAAUACCAGCUCCUGUUCACCCACCCAGCUCCCUUGCCAGAACUGCGGCCGGCAUGGCCGUAUAUGGCUCUCCCACGCGUACCAUGGCUAAAAAAGUCGCAAAAGAGCACAACAAUCAUUCUAGUUCCUCCUCAAAUCGCUCCUCUCAGGUCCCGAUGAGGCCUGUGAUCUCCACGACGCCUAUACCGCUGCCGCCUUAUCUCUCGCAGGCAAUGAAACAGCGCCCAUCGAUGUCGAAGCCACUGGCCAAGAAUGUGACUUCCUCGAAAGAUUCAAAGUUACAAACAAAACCUGGCCAAGGCACAGCCUCGACGCCGGCCACUUCGCAGUCACAUCGAAAGGAGGGUCAAGAACGCUCGCCUUGCGCAAAUUCAUCGCUGUCUCAUGAAAACGGCUUUACCGGCUUUACCGGCUUCACCCCCAUAGGGAGUACAUUUCCAAGGCCGCCCAAAAGGCCAGCCGAUGAGUCACCUAUGUCUGCAGAGACUCCUGCGAGCAUGAAGUCGAAGAAGGGAAGGGAAAAGAAGGAACCCAAGCUGUUUUUGGCGGAUCCAGUGCCUCCAGCAGAAUCUACAACGUCAUUCGAUCCGGCACUAGAUCUCAUCCAGGGCGAGCAAGACUACGUGGUUAAGCGUCUCGAAGGUGACUACGUCCUGGACGGGGUGCACUGGUUCAAGGUGCGGUGGGAAGGCAACUGGCCGGAGGGCCAGAACCCGACCUGGGAGCCGAAGGAGAAUAUUGCAGACAAGCUGGUCAAGGACUAUCUCAAAAGAAAGGCGAAGCGCGGGGCCCUGAACAAGAACAAUGGCACCAAGAAGACGAAGUUGAAGCGGCCAAACUCACUGACCGACUUGGCCAAAAGAUACAACAGCGUCGCGGAGGCCUUCGAGGGCCAGGAGGAACUCAACCCUACCGCCGCCACGAUGCUCGACCAUGGCGAUAGCCAGUACGAUGUCAUGGACGCUGACGACGGCCCGGAUGAACUCUUUGUCGUUGACGAGGAGAGUGAGAGGGCCGCGAGGGAGCGGAAGAAGACUGUGGAUGCGCAGAUCGCCGCACAGCUUGCGACCAUGGCAAGAGGCGCUCCUCGGCAUUUCUAA